AGACUGCAUGUUUUAAGGAUGCCUGUUACUCUCCCCUUCUUACUGCUUACGAUCUCCCUUCCGAAGCCCUCCAUCUUCUGGCUCCAGGCUCCGGAUGCAGAUGAGAAGCACCACCUCCGAUGUACGGCUCAAGGGGCAUACUUCGGCAGCUGGUUCUACCUGUACCAGGGAGGGAGCCCUGAGGCCGUGGCCAAAAAGAAAGCCUUGCCCGCCCAAUCUGAAGUGACCUUUGAGGUACACAACUUUGGGCCCAGGGAGCAAUUCCGCUGCAGCUAUGAGAUCUGGGAGGCAGGGAAGUCCAUUCGCUCCCCGCUCAGCAGCCCUGCAAACAUCACAGAUGACCAUUACCCCAAGCCAUCCAUCUCUGUGAGUCCCAGUACUGAGGUCCUUGCAGGCCAGGACUGGACCGUCUGUUGUCAGGCUCCAUUACUAGGGGUCAACUUUGUCCUCUACCAGGCCAGGGAUUUUCGGAUAGAGGUCACUCCUCGAGGGGACUCUGACACCGCUGAAUUCUCCUUGAAGAAUGUCACCAUGGCCGAUGCAGGCCAAUACACCUGUUAUUACCACAGCAUCAUAGAGCCUAUCAUCUGGUCAAACGCCAGUGACCCGGUGCAGCUGAGAGUUAUCGAUGCAACUGUGGUCCCCAAUUACCUGGAGGUGUUGGUGGACUCUGCGGGAAGAUAUCGAGUGAAUUGCUCAGUCCCUUCUGCUGCUGAGGGCUGGUUUUAUCUUUACCAAGGUGGGCAGCUCUUUGCUGAAACCAGAGCUUGGCAAGAUGGGGCGAUUGCAAGCUUCAACCUCACAGAAGAGGCCGUUAACACCACCAUAGGAGAGCUGAGCUGCCAAUAUAAGGAAUAUCAGCUCAAUGACACUGACGUGUGGAGACAAGACUCACAUUCCCAGGCCACGGAUUUCACCACAGCCAACACACUGCGACUUGGGAUCGGGGCCUGCGUCCUCUUAUUAGCCCUGUUCUUCAUAGCUGAAGCAUGGUGGAACGAGAAGCAUCAGGAGAGCUGGGCCAAAUGAAGGGAUCCUAGAUCAGCAGGAUCCCGCUGAGCUGACCGAGUCUGGUUUGAAACCGCAAGUUCCAGCGGCUGCAUUUGAUGGGAAGGAACAUAAUGAUGGAUUGGGAACCGCACACGGAGAUGGUCAGACUGCAGUCCUCAACCAAUUUACCUCACAGUCACCACAUCAUGGCUCCUCUGAAACAGGAGCUUUGGCCUACAGGGGUAAGGAACAUACAGGCCACCAGAAGUUGC